AUGAAAGCGGACGCGUACGAGGAUCUUAGCAACCGCGAGAAGGAAGGCCCAUCUUUAGCUGAGGAGGAACUUAGGAAGCAAAAAAAGAGCGUUGCUGAGCAAGCCCUAAAACAACUAAAACCGCUCGAUGAUUCAAAUUUCUUCGUCGCAUAUCCCGACUUCAUCGCCGAACGUGACGAAAGGGGCGCGAGAUUCGGCUGGUGGCUCCUCAACGUAGAAGAUUAUUUCAAAAGUGCUGUUGAGACCUAU